UAAUUAUGAUUAAUGCAUAAUAAAUAAGGACCUCAAAGUGAGUGUCAAAGACAAUGGGUUUCCGAAGAGGCGUCUUGACCAAAGAAUUUAACAAAACAAAUAAAAGCCCCUUCACUUGACGUGUGGUUCACUCCAUUUUCUUUCUCUUUCUCCAAUGGCGGAAACAUCUACCCUAUUCAGAUUCAGAUUCUCUUUUUCUCCUUUCAAUUCCAUUUCACCUUCCAACCCUUUCCAUAACACCAUCUCUUUUCCUCUCUCUCCUUCUAUCUCUCAACCUCGUCUUCUCCGUUUCUCCUCCAAAGCCAACCAUUCCUCCAAUAACUCCGGUGACGAUUCUUUCGAGUUCUUCCCUUGGUCCGAUUCCGACACCGAAAUUCAAUGGCUUCCUGAGGAUAGAGUAACAUUGUUCACUACUGAUGGACUGUUCCAGAUCGGAGGCAAAAUGGUUCCCCGCCGUGUGAGAUCUUCAGAUAAGCAAGGGAAAUCCAAAACUGCUAAAAGAUUUCGAAGGUAUCAAGAGAGUAACUACAUGGACCCCAAUCAAGGCCUUUGUCUGGGUGCACUCUUUGAUAUUGCAGCUACAAAUGGACUUGAUAUGGGCAGAAGGCUUUGUAUUUUUGGUUUCUGCCGCUCCAUUGAGAUGCUUAGUGAUGUGGUGCAAGAUACUGUCUUGGAGAAUGGUGGGGAGGUUAUUGCCGCAGAGAAGGCAAGCAAAGGCGACUUGCAUGAAAAACUAACCAUGACUGUCGCAGUACCGUUACUAUGGGGUGUUCCUCCAGCUUCCGAGACACUUCACCUUGCCGUUAAAAGUGGAGGAGGAAUUGUAGAGAAGGUCUAUUGGCAAUGGGACUUUCUGUAGAUAUAUGUUGUAGGUCUUCUAACCAUUCUUUGUGCACUCUGUACAUAAAAUUAGUAUCUCCGCUGUAUAUGCACAAAAAAGUUGUUACUUUCAUUGUAUCUCUGUACAUGUACAAAGAAUUAUUUCCAUGUCAAUAUCCAAUUGUAAGUUCUAUCGACCACAAUAAAUUAUUAGUUGUGGCGUGUGAGAACUUAAACUUGAAGUUUGACUCUAAAAAUGGAUUUGAACAUA